UUAAGGGGCUUUGAUGAAGCAACAACAUUUUGGUGUUAGUGAUGAUAAAAAGAGUGAAAAUUGGAGAAGGAGAGGGAGAGGAAUAGGGAGAAGUGAGUGUAACUUGAAGGGCAAGUGCAAAAUAGGGCAGCCACGUUUUAGCGAUUCCUACAAAGCCUACAUGUCACAAUCCAUAUAAAAUUGGAUUUCUAACAUAACGGUAGAGGUAGAGCAGAGAUAUAUAGAUAUGGCGGAUAUGAGAGGAAGCGUUGGUGCUGCAUGCGACAACAGGUGCGGUUGUCCAUCUCCCUGUCCCGGUGGCGCAUCUUGUAGGACGUCGACAGAGCACAAGCAAUGCAGGUGCGGGGAACACUGCACAUGUUCCAAGACUGAAGGAAGGGGUUGCAAGUGUGGUACUGGUUGCACCUGUCCAACAUGCGCAGCUUAAUUCAGAACCCAACAACUAAUUGCCUACUUUAUUUAUUUUAUAUAUAUGAUUUAUGA